AUGGGAAUGGGUUACGGUUUAGUUACUAGUGUAACAUGGUUGGGGAUGUUGAGGAAGCCCGUCGGCGACGGGCUAUAUGCCGUCGGCGACGGCUCCCUCCAACCCGACGGCUUAACCACCUGCCUACGGGCAAAAGGUGGCGACGGGAUGGCAAGUGGAGGAAACACGGAUAACACGGAACGUAUAACUCGGAACGAGUUAAACAAGAUGAUCUCGGAUGAAGUAACGAGGGAAAUGAUAGCUGGAAUUCAAGGCAAGAAAGAGGCAAGACGGUGCACCUACAAGGAUUUUAUGGCAUGUAAGCCUACGACCUUUGACGGGGAAAUCGACCCCAUAGAAUGCCAAAGAUGGAUAGCUAACAUGGAAGGGGUAUUCAUUCGGAGUCAUUGUGACAAGGAAGACCAAGUCAUGUUUGCCACGGGGCAACUCAUGCGAAGGGCUAAAGAUUGGUGGGACUCGUAUAGUAAGGAGAUUGGAGAAAAUCGAGUUCAAACCUUGACUUGGCCAGAAUUCAAACAGCCUUUUAUCAAGUACCAUUGUCCACAAUCGGCUGUGGAUCGAAUUCAAGAAGAUUUUCUCCGGUUGCGACAAAGGGAUGAAUCAGUUAACGAAAUCACGAACACUUUCCUCGAUCAACUGAAGUUUUGUGAAGAAAUAGUUGGAACAGAAAGGAAGAAGAUUAUUCGUUAUCAUGGCAUGCUCAAAGCUGAAAUACGGGAGUUCAUAACUCCUUCAAAAUGUGAAACGUUGGACGAGAUCAUUGAUUUAGCAAGGGAUAGAGAAAUCGAGAUAAAGAGACAAGAUGAACGUGGGGAGAAAAGGCAAGCCGAGAAGGGGUCAACUCAAGGCUCAUCUAAGAAACCCAAAACGCAAGAUCAAGGAAAGAAGGAAGCUUCCAAAGGCGGGUUCCCACGAUGCAAAACAUGUGGAAAACCCCAUUCCGGUGAGUGCUUAUUGGGAAGGAAGGGGUGUUACAAUUGCGGGCAAGAAGGACAUCCGUACUACAACUGCCCGAAUCCCAAAAGGGUGUGCUACAAUUGUAAUGAAUCGGGCCAUGUGAAAGCCGAUUGCCCAAAGCUCAAACAAGGGCCGAAGAAAGAAGGAAAGAAAGAAGAAACCGCGAAAGCGAAAGGAAGAAUGUUUCAAAUCUCCGCGGAAGAAGCAAGAGCUCACCCGAAUGUGGUCUCAGGAAUAAAAGAAGAAAGUUCAAGUCAAUCCGGGUCGCAAGCGAAGGACGGUAAAGGUAAAGCAACUUGCUAAAUGGCGUCGCUUGGAUCGAACACCCUCAUGAUGCACGCUUCCGCAAGGAUUUAGCUUCGGUUAAAACUUUUGUUAAAUGUACUUUUUGGUAAAACGGGUCUUUUGUAAGUAACAAAACUUGGUCGUUGUUAGUGGUCGAACUCGUAGUCGAAGACAAUGUUAGUUAUGUAUCAAAUGUUGGGUUGUAAGCUAUUUUAAUAUCUCCUAGUUAAUUAUGCUAUGGUAAAAUGCAGAAUUUUCAUUUA